GUGUCAUGUGAUUCUCCGAGGGAGCUGCAGUGUGAGCGGAAAUGCUCUCGGUGGUGGAGAAUGGACUGGACCCCCGGGCUGCCAUCCCGGUCAUCAAGAAGAAGCUAGUGGGAUCUGUGAAGGCGUUGCAGAAGCAGUACGUGUCCUCGGACACAGUGGUCACUAGCGAAGACGGAGAUGCCAACACCAUGUGCGGUGCCCUGGAGGCUGUAUUUAUCCACGGCCUGCAUGCCAAGCACAUCCGAGCCGAGGCCGGAGGGAAAAGGAAGAAGAGCACCCACCAGAAGCCUCUGCCUCAGCCUGUCUUCUGGCCCCUCCUGAAAGCUGUCACCCACAAACACAUCGUCUCAGAAUCGGAGCACCUGAUCUUUGUCAGCACGGUGGGCCGCUGCCGGGCCUGGCUGAGGCUGGCCCUCAAUGACGGCCUGAUGGAGUGCUACCUGAAGCUGCUCCUCCAGGAGCCCGCCCGCCUGUGCGAGUACUAUCAGCCCACAGCCCUGCUUCGAGACGCCGAGGAGGGCGAGUUCCUCCUCAGCUUCCUGCAGGGACUGACGUCCUUAUCCUUCGAGCUCUCCUACAAGUCCGCCAUCUUAAACGAGUGGACGCUUCCCCCACUGGCUCUCUCUGGGCUUUGCCCGCUCUCUGAGCUCGACCCCCUCACCACCUCUGGGACAGAACUACAGCGGAAAGAGUCUCUGGAUUCAAUUUCCCAUUCCUCAGGCUCGGAGGACAUCGAAGUCCAGCACUCAGGCCAUAAGAUCCGACGGAACCGGAAGCUCACGGCCUCCUCCCUCAGCCUGGACACCGCCAGUUCAUCCCAGCUGUCUUGCAGCCUAAACUCUGAUAGCUGCCUACUCCAAGAGAAUGGCUCCAAGAGUCCAGACCGUUCCGAGGAGCCCAUGUCCUACGACUCCGACCUGGGGACAGCAAAUGCCGAUGAGUCAGACCCGCCUCUGCAAGAGUGAGUAUUGUCGGAAUUCAGCAAAGCCCAGGUAAACUCUGUGCCAACCAACGGACUGAGCGGACUGAGUGGAGAAAUGGAGAUUCCCACGGGGUGGGCCUCACUCCCCCUCCCCGGCCUGGAGGCCAGCAUCCCUUUUGAUGUGCCCGCAGAGCCCCUCCUGCCCCAAGCGUCCUCUGGGACUCAAGAUGGGGACCGCAAGCAGGAGCCGCCUCCCCAGGCACCUGGCACCCUGGGCUUGCUGCAGUUGGGCACUGCCAAAGCUGUCCCCUCGGUGAGCAUUUUAGACCAGAGGCCUUCCAGUCCCGUGAGAGAGGCGGCGGCCAGAGCAGUCAGCCCGGGGAGUGGCCGGCAGAAGUCUCUGGAGGAUGACGGAGCUGCAUGGAGCCUUGGGGUGUCCUCACCCACCAGCCCGAUUUGCUAUUCUGCACAUUUCACAUAAAUGGAAUCAUGUAAUAUGCAACCUUUGGCGACUGGCUUCUUCCAAUUAACAUACUGUUUUCGGGAUUCAUCGUUGUUGGAGCCUGAUGUGUGCUUCAGGGAGUAAUAAUUCAUUGUAGAUCCCUUUGUAUGAAUCCGUCACAUUUUAUUUUGUCCUUCAUCAGUUGAUAGACUUUUGUUUUUUUUCCCCCCCAUUUUUUUGGCUAAUAUAAAUAACACAGCAAUGAACAUUCAUGUACAAGUUUUUGUGUGGGUGUAUUUUUGAUUGUCUUGGAUGUAUACCCAGCAGCAAAAUCUCUGGGUCACAUGGUAACUCUAUAUUUAACCUUCUGAGGAACUACCAAACUGUUUUCCUAAGCAGCGGCC